AAAGCCGGUAUUUCGAAAAAGAGACUAAAAUAGAGAAAAGAAAAGAAUUGACCUUGUACUUGGUUAUUGACCGGAAUGAGAUUUGAAAUCAGAACACAGCGAGUCGGAAUAGAUACCACGAAGCAAUGCUUCUCACAGAAAGGUCUACGAUGAUUUAAAAGGACCGGACAAAUUGCCAUGCCUAAUACCAUGGUGAAGAUAUCUGGGUGCAUGCGUUAUCUAUUUCAUAAAGAUUCAGCAGAAAAAGGAUGUUUUUUUUCUUUGAAAGCAUUAUUACAACUGUUCUAUCCGACCCUCGAACAAUUCCGCAAACUCACCUAGCGGUGCUUCUUUAGUCUUCCGACCGGAAAUUUAUUGUAUUGGGGAUAAUUUCUAGUCGUCACCCUAGUUACUCUAGCAACAGCAACAGAGGAUUUGAGAGAUCCGUUCCGAGAUGGAAUGUCGUGCUAACAAAUUUUAUGUGAAACAAAAUGAAUUAAUUGCUCUCAUACGCCAAAGUGAAAGGGAGAGGGUUAAUUUGGAAAUGCAAUUAUGUGAAUUGGAUAAACUUAAACCAAAACAUGCAAAACAUAAAGCAGAGAUGAUCAAGUCAAGGCUAAAGAACCUUUAUGAAGAAGAAAGAAGCUCUAAGAAGCGGAAUGCCAAAAUCAUGCGACGUCUAAAUAAUAUGGAACUUUCUCUUGAAGAUUUGCUGUCUUGUUCUAAUAAACUGAAACAAUUAAAGGUUGAUUGCAGAAAGAUAAUUGCAAGAGAUUAUCCAAACUGGAAACAAUAUGCUAAUGAGUUGGAGAAGCAAGUGAUGUUAUUUUGUCGUGGGAGGAAUCCUGAGUUUAACCAGAACCAACCAGGUCAUGUGGCAGCAACAGAAGGAUUUCCAAGUCCGAGGGACAAGAAACUUGAGAGUAAAUACUAUUUUGGUCAGCACCAACCAAAGAUGAGGGUAACAUCAGGAGGAUUUCAAGGACAGGCAAACAACAGAUGUGAUCCUGAGGUUGUGCCAGUUAAGCAGAAUUUUGACGGGGAUCAUCUCUUAAUGAAUCCUAAUGAAUAUGAUCUGAAAAAUCCCAGUAGUGUAGUCACACCAAAUGUUUCCAAUCUUUUCCUAUCAGAACUAAAUGUACUGACAUACAAAGAGAGGCAGCCUAGCUAUACUCAGUCUAGUUUAGAGAUGUCCCCCAAAUAUUCACAAAUUUCACAGCACCCAGAUGGAACUGUAUCACUUUUAGGUGAAGCAAAAGAACAACUUAUAAAAGCUGAUAGUGUUCAAUUUACUCAGCAGGGAGGGAAAGAACAAGACGCUGCGCAGACAGACAAGCCACCAAUUCUAUCCAAAGUAAAAGCUCCUGAGCAACUGAAGUCUGUAUCUUUCAAAAUGAUGCCAGAAGUCAAGAGUGCAAGUGCCUUUGAGAAGAAAAGAGAUUUUGCAAGUUUACAGAUGUUACAUCAUAAAGAUAAGAAUGAGGAAAUGUCUUCAGAAGCCCAGAGUUCAGAGAAGCGACUGCUAAAACCAGAUCUCACCAAAUUGGAACUAACAGGAGAAUUUGAUUCCCGAAAUAUCUAUGGAGCAAAUACCAAAACGUUUACAAAAAGUCAGCCUGUGAACACUCCCGAAAAUGUUUCUGGAAAUAUUGCGGGGCCUGUGAGUGAGAACAAACACAUUACUGAUGGCGCUGCUGAGGAUACUGAAUUUGGUAUAAACAGUCUUCCAGAGCAGAUAGUUCGUUGUCCAACUGCUACGUGUAAAUCAGUUGAAUCUAUCAGUGAUAGCUUUGGCAUUGCCAACAGGUCAUCCAACAACAUAGAUCUCAGUGACGAUCCAUCAGACAUCAGUGACUUUGGAACCGAAGAAGGUAUGCUGACAGACACGAAUGAUGCAGAGCUAAAUGUUAAACCUGUUGAUGCUGUGGUUUCUGACAGCAGCCUCUUUGGAAAUGAAUGGUGCUCACAACCCUCAACACAAACUUUGAGUCUGGAUGGUCUGACUGUGUUGCUAGAUAUUAUUGAAGAGACUUUCCACUCUGCUAAAUUGAACAAGGACAAAUAUUAUCGCACAGUUCAAAAUCUAGACAGGGGUGUACAGGAUAUUAUCAAAGCUGCAAACACUGGUAACAAAGCUGAAAUUAAGUUGGAUCCUGUGGCCAUUUCUAUGCUUGUUUUCCAACAGUUAUCAAUUAUUGUCCAGAAUAUAUCAACCAAAUGUCUUCUGCCUGAUUCCUUGUUUCAUUCUGCUGAUUGGCUUUCUCUUACGGAGAAGGAUGUUAUUUCCAGUCUUGGAGAUUGUCCACCAGCAACCAGUCUAUGGAAACGCCUGUUUCUUCAUUUCCAACGUAUUGUAAAUAAUAACAUAAUGACCGUACCAGAACUGGCAGCUGUCUUCAUUCCUUCGUUGCUACACAAAGACUCCAACUACCAAACGCAGGCCUUCAACAUAAUAGUCAACCUACUGGGAAAUGCAACAGAAACUAAACCACUGCAACAACAGAAUGAAACAAAUAUGAAACCACAAGAGCAGAGUGUAAAAGAAGUUAGUCAACAUCAGCUAAGUCCAACAGAACCUAAAUCACGGCAACAUCAGCUCUCAACUGAUAUUAAACCAACGCAACAGGAAACUGAAAUAGAUAUUAAAGCAUUACAAGAGAAUGCCGACACUAUGUACCCUCAUGAUUUUUUAUCAGAUUCUUCAUCAGAUUCUUUAGCUCCGAUUGCCAAACCUGCGGACAGCAAUACAAAUAUCUGGCGUAAACAAGAACAAAAGAGUUUUGCAUUGAAACCAGUCUACAGUAAUAGCAAUCCACACAGCCACCAAGAAAAAAAUGUGAAGGACUUUGAUGAUGAUGAUGAGCAAGAUGGAAAAGAUGUUGGAGAUUAUCUGCAUGAAUCUAAAUCACCAAAAAUGUCAAGUAGCAUCAAUAUAAGUGAAACUCCUGCCUACAAGACAUUGCUCACUGGAUUGAUGAGUUCAAUUUCCCUUGAUGAAGAACUGGCAGAUUCUGAUGGUGAGAGCGAUGAUUUGGAGAAAGAAUUUGGUUCCAGCUUGUCAAAGCACCACCUGAGCGGACUUGUUCCUGAAACUGGUGAGACACACAGUUCUGCCAUUGAAGAGUCUCCCAGAAAUAUAUCUGCAAAUGCAAAAGAUGACUCCAUUGAUUUCGACUUUUAUGAUUGAACUGCAAUGUGAUAUUUUUGCCAGACAACCCUCGCCUUAUUUAUUCAAUUGUAUUAAAAUCUAAGGAAGUUUUCAAUAAAGCUGUCUAGAUUUCACUUACUA